UAUCAAGUAGCACUGCAUUUCUUCCAAUCUCAAAUUCAAUUUCAACUCCGCCAUUUCUACAGUUUUUUAAACUAUUCUCCCUCUUGUUCCAGAAAAUCCUGCUGCAGUCUUCAUCUUCUUCUCAAAUCUCAUUGCUGCUCUCAUUAUCAACCUGCUUGUUCUGCGGAUCCGAGAUCCUGCAGGAGAAAUCUUCCAUAUGCAUUUUGAGAUAUUGAUUUUUAGUACCCAAAUUUGUGGUCUGAGACUGUGUUGAGAUAUUGAGAUCAAACCUGAUCGCGACACUUUUCAUUAGGUGACUUCACCAGGGGCAAUGCCAGCAUGCCUGCCAUGAAGAAGAAUUCUGAGCAGACUCGGUUAGGCUUUGUGUUCAACAAGUUGGUGAAUGAGAUAGGAGAUCCUGUUGAUUUUGAACUUCCAGAUUGGUUUAACAAGUGGAAGGCAGUAUCAUACGUCUCUAUAAAGCGCAAUAUAUAUGUUACAAAGAAGGUUAAGAGAAGGCUUGAUGAUGAUGGCAUAUUCUGUUCUUGUACUCCUUCCCCUGGGUCUUCUAGUGUGUGUGGUAAAUAUUGCCACUGUGGGAUGCUUAUGUCUAGCUGCUCUUCAGGCUGUAAAUGUGGCAGUUCCUGUCUCAACAAACCAUUUCAGCAUCGACCUACCAAAAAGAUGAAAUUGGUUCAGACUGAGAAAUGUGGUUCUGGAAUUGUGGCGGAUGAAGAUAUCAAGCGAGGGGACUUUGUCAUUGAAUAUGUUGGUGAAGUCAUUGAUGACAAAACAUGUGAAGAAAGGCUUUGGAAUAUGAAACAUCGGGGGGAGACGAACUUCUACUUAUGUGAAAUUAACAGAGAUAUGGUGAUUGAUGCAACAUAUAAGGGGAACAAAUCAAGAUAUAUAAAUCAUAGUUGCUGUCCCAAUACGGAGAUGCAGAAAUGGAUAAUUGAUGGUGAAACAAGAAUUGGCAUAUUUGCAACACGUGACAUAAGGAAGGGCGAGCAUCUUACUUACGAUUAUCAGUUUGUUCAAUUUGGUGCAGAUCAAGAUUGCCACUGUGGUGCUGCUGAGUGCAGGCGUAAGUUGGGGGUCCGACCUACCAAACCUAAAACAUCAUCAGAUGCUGCACUAAAAUUAGUCGCAUAUCAGGUUUAUCAGAAUGGAGGUUUGCAUACUGUUGUACCAAAGUACUCGCACAAUUGCAUUGGAGAAGUUAUUAGGAUAAAUCACCCCACAAAAGAGAGGUGGUGUUUUGGGAUCAUAAAGCGGUUCGAUAAAUAUUCCAAGAAACACACUAUUUUGUUUGAAGAUGGUGGUGUUGACUUUAUGGACUUGUCAGAAGUAGAUUGGGAACUUGUGAGAUUGUGAUGCAAUUGUAUAGCUUUACAAGUCCGCUUCUUGUUGCAUGGACUGUACAAUUGCCCCAUAAUCCGAGAAUAUUGCUGUUUAAAAUUACUGGA